GCCGCCGCUUGUUAAACACGUCGCCGGUGCUGCUGCUGCGGUUCUGUAGCUUCAAUAAUGGACCAGAAACUGGACCCGGAUCAUCUGGAAAUGCGUCUUCAGGCGCUGGAGAGUCGCAUAUACGGCGGGAGAAGAAACAAGAGUGGGAAACCUGCGAAGUGUGCCGAGUCUUUGACCCGGAUUCAGGCAGGUCUGACCAACACGGCCAACAAGAGAGAACGAGUGAAGAUCCUGCACAAGAAGAUUGAGGACCUGCUGAAGUAUCUGGACCCCCAGUUCACAGACCACAUCACUGUACCUGACGCCAUGAAGCUGGAGUUCAUUCUCGCUGAGGAGGACUUCCUGCUUUCCCAGGCUGCUUUGCUGGAGCAGGUCAGCAACUUGCAGCCACUUCUGGACAGCACCUACAUCAGAGAUGUACCAGAACACGCCACCAAGCUGCAGCGCCUGUCACAGAUUCACAUCAAAGAACAGGAUCAAACUGAGGCUCAGUCACAGGAAGUGAAGAAGCUAUUUGAGGAAUACAACAAAAUGAUGUUUCUGCUGUCCAAGCAGUUCACCCAGUGGGACGAGACCCUGAGGAAGCUGGAAGAGGCCAAGGGCAUUCGGCCUGUGGAGUAGCUACUGUCAACGCACGCUGAUGAGGAUUGGUGACGAUGAAGAAGACCGCAAUGUGAUGGGAGCUUUAGAUUAGAUCAGGUGUUCAAUAUGUAGCUUGUUUUUCCCCCAAUAAGUCAGAACAAAAGUGAGACAGAAGGAUCGCAACAUUUUACUGUUUUGUUUUUAACUGCUAAUGAACUCGACACCAGAAUUUAGUUGAAUCAGGCGACUGAUUCCCUAAUUGCCUAAUUCCAAGAUUGAAACAGUUGAUCUGCGGGUCCAAUACAAGUUCAUAUGUCUCGUAAAAUAGAUUUGUUUGUGGUGGUGGAAGAAAAAUGUUUUUAUUAACCACCAAUACCCGCACAUGUGUGGACCCACCAGGAAAUCUGACCUACCAGGUCUUCAAACGUUUUUAGAAACGAACAAAGCGAUCUCUAUUGUAUGUGAUAGUGUCUGUUGUUGUGGUUACAGACCAAUGUGUCCCCCAGCUGAUAUACCAGUAAUACUGUACUGCCCAUACAAACCAAAAGUCAUUCAGUAAAACAGGACUGGAUUGGAGGAAAUGUAAAAUGUGAAGACACUCUGUCUCAUGUGACUCUUCGUCAGCCGUCUGGAGGAACUCGCUCCCAUCACGUGACUUGUGGCUCAGAGCUGCUGCUGUUAUUUAUUUUCAGACAACAGAGCUUUUUAUGCUCACAUAUUUACUCAACUUGUAACACAUUCCAACAUCCCUACUGCAAGAUCGUCACAAGACUUGUUUUCUUGCCUUUCACUCAUUCACACACACACACACCCUGCAAGGCUUUAUAUUUUCCCUCUGGAUGCCUCCUGACAUGAUUUGUAAAAACUUAAAUUGGCUUUUUCUUUCCAGUAUUCUGGUUUUAAAAUGUUAUAUACAGUAUGUCUCAUUUGUCUACAGCAUGGCUGCAGUUAUUAUAAUAAAUAUAACUUUUUUCUUUCACUA